AUGGGAGGAUUCGCAAGCCAAAUGAUGAAGAGUAUUGAGGAAGAGUAUUGCUUUGAUGAAAAGUAUAAAAACAGAACGGCCAUUAAGCCACUGAGCGAGUAUUCAACUUGUCAAAGAAUUCUUCCUCGAGUCGUAUACGAUGAUGACUCCAUGCUGAGAAGAAGAAUGAUGGUGAAGGAAUUUAGAUCACAGAGAUCAGCUGUUGUUAAAUUACCUCCAAUUAACUCAUCUCAAAAACAUCACAAAGUUAAAACCACUAAAUCUGAGGGCUCUAUUAAUGAGAACGAUCUUGAUGAGACAAUACUUGAAAACCUGCAACACCCUAAUUGUUUUGGACCUGUUAACCAACUUCAUAAUACUAAUAGAAAUACCUCAAGCACUGACAAUACAGUCUAUUACUUUGGUUAA